UGAUCUGUCAAACGUUCGCUGACGUAAAAAUUUUCCACGAUACAUAAAAUCUUUGUUUUCACGACGAGAAAUCUCAGACGUCCGCAGUUUAAGCCUCAACGGCAGCGCGUAGCUCGUGAUGUGAUAGUGGCACCCAUGUCGGACAUGGAGGGCAAAGGCCAGGAGGCCAUGACCGAACAGAGGAGACCAUUUUUCUACCCAGACAGCAGCAGCGAUACCGAGGAAUACAGAAGGGACAACGAAGAUAGGAGAAAGAGGUUGUCUAAGAGGAAUAUGCCCCCUAUGAGGGCGCGUUUGUCUUCUGCGAGCAUGCCUCCGAAGAACCAAGCAAACACGCCGCUUCCUUCGACGUCGUCAGCUCAAGAUCCGCCUAGGAACGGAAAGCAGUUAUGUGAAGACAGGAUUACAUUGGUGGUAGACAAUACUAGGUUCGUGGUAGACCCAGCGCAAUUCACAGCGCAUCCAAAUACGAUGCUUGGCAGGAUGUUUAGUUCAGGUCUAGAAUUCACGCAUCCCAAUGAGCGAGGAGAGUAUGAGGUGGCUGAAGGCAUCUCUGCAACAGUGUUCAGAGCUAUUCUCGAGUACUACCGGGGCGGAGCUAUCCGGUGCCCGCCAGCCGUGUCCGUUCAGGAGCUAAGAGAGGCUUGCGACUAUCUGCUGGUGCCGUUUGACGCUGAUACUGUUAGAUGCCAGAACCUGCGAGGCCUCCUCCACGAGCUGUCCAACGAGGGCGCCCGGAGGCAGUUCGAGAACUUCCUUGAGAAGCUCAUCCUGCCACUCAUGGUGCAGUCAGCCCGCCGCGGUGACCGCGAGUGCCACGCUGUGGUGCUGCUCGAUGAUGAUGCAGUGGAGUGGGACGAGCAGUAUCCCCCGCAGAUGGGGGAUGAAUACAGUCAGACUGUGCUUUCCACGCCGCUGUAUAGGUUCUUCAAGUAUAUUGAGAACAGAGAUGUGGCGAAGCAAGUGAUGAAGGAGCGAGGGCUCAAAAAAAUUCGUCUCGGCGUUGAGGGCUACCCGACAUACAAAGAGAAAGUUCGUAAAAGGCCCGGAGGCCGAGCCGAAGUGAUAUACAACUACGUCCAACGUCCCUUCAUCCAUAUGUCCUGGGAGAAGGAGGAGGCCAAGAGCCGCCACGUGGACUUCCAGUGCUUCAAGUCCAAGAGCGUCACCAACCUGGCCGAGGCCACCGCCGACCCGGUCAUGGAGCUGGAGAACAGGGUGCGCGAGCUGGAGGUGGAAGUCCAGCCCGAGCCUCCAGCGGAGCUCCCCGCAGAAGAGGAACCGGCGCAGUGACCCGCUCGUACCGCGCUAGCGCUCUUAGCUAGCUUCUGUUGGCACUACGCCUGACGAUAUACCACUCUUAUACCACGUUGUACCACUCUUAUACAAAAGAGUAUCACUCUUAUACCAUGGAGAUCACUGUAUACACUAGUAGGUUGGCUUAUCAGAGUCCUUAGCUACAGUGACCCGCUCGUACCGCGCUAGCGCUCUUAGCUAGCUUUUGAUCGCACUACGCCUGACGGUAUACUACUAUUAUACCAUGUUAUACCACUCUUAUACCAUGGAGACCGCUGUAUACACUAGAAGGUUGGCUUAUCAGAGUCAUUUGCUACAGAUACUAGAAACGGCGCAGUGACCCGCCCGUACCGCACUAGCGCUCUUUGCUAGCUUUUGUUCGCACUACGCCUGACGUUAUACCACUCUUAUACAAUGUUAUACCAC